CUGGGACGGGAGUUGCUGCAGCCUGAGAAGGGGCUGGCAUGUGUUAAUGACCCGGAGUCUCCCCGUAGUAACUGGGCUUUUGAUGUCCAGUCCUGUGACCGGACACUGCCAGGUCUCCUUUUUGACCAGACCUUCUGGUCGAAAACCAGGCACCUGGCAACCCUAAAUGGCACCUGAACACAGAAUCCAGAAACUGGACUGUCCAGCCGUGGGCACUCGGGCACGGAUCCUCUUCACCAAGGAGCCGUCCUCUCAGGACGCCUUGCACGGCCGCAGCGCCAUCCUGCGCUGCGAGGUGGAGGAGCCGAGUGGCGUGGAGUUCGAGUGGCUGCACAAUGGGCUUUCCGUCCAGGACACCGAGCGCCGCUUCCAGGAGGGCAGCAACCUGCAGUUCACCGCCGUGGAUCGGCAGCAGGACGCCGGGAGCUUCCAAUGCGUGGCCAGGAGCACGCUCACGGGAGAGGAGGCCCGAACGGCGAAUGCAUCUUUCAACAUCAAGUGGCUCGAAACAGGUGGCGUUGUCCUGAAGCACCCAGCAAACAUGGCAGAGAUCCAGCCCUCUGCCUCCGUGACGCUGCGCUGCUACAUUGACGGCCAUCCGCGCCCAACGGGCCAGUGGUUCCGGGAUGGCACCCAGCUGCUGGAUGACCGUAGCAGCUACUGGAUCAGCAGUAAGGAGCGGACGCUGACCCUAAAGAGCGCCAGCCCCGAAGACAACGGCGCCUACUACUGCUGUGCUCGCAACGCCGUGGGCAUGGUGUGCAGCAACAACAACUUCACACUGAAUCUCAUUGACGAGAGCUUCCCUCGCCCGGUGGUCAUCCCGCAGGACCUGAUAGUGAGUAAGAACGAAGAGGCCAUGUUCCACUGCCAGUUCACGGCAGUGCCUCCUCCCAUGCAGGAGUGGGUCUUCGAGGACAGCUCUCCCAUCACCAACAGGACACGGGUCACGGUGUUUGCCAAUGGCUCCUUGCUGAUAACCCAGGUGAGAGCGCGCAGCACGGGGAUCUACAGGUGCAUUGGCCACGGGCAGAGAGGGAAACCCACUGUCCUGGAGGCAAGUCUGCGGCUGGCAGAGAUCGAGGACAUGGCGCCAUUCUCCCCGAAGGUUUUCAUAGCGAGCCAGGAGCAGCGCGUGGCCUGCCCUGCCCCCCGCGGCUUGCCCCAGCCCCGUGUCUGGUGGGAGAGGAACGGCGUCCCGAUACCCGCUAGCGGCAGGGUGCACCAGGAGGCCGAGGAGCUGGUGUUCACCAGCGUUACUGGGAGCGAUGCUGGCACUUACACCUGCCACGCGGCAAACAAGGCUGGGGAGAAGAAACAAGACCUUAGCGUCACCGUAGCCACGGUGCCCAGGUGGGUGGAGAUGCCCAGGGACAGCCAGCUGGAGGAGGGGAAGCCGGGCUAUCUCCACUGCCUCAGCAAGGCCUCCCUGAAACCCACCGUCACCUGGUACCGCAAUGGUGUCUCCAUUUCCGAGGACUCGCGCUUUGAGAUCUCGGAGAAUGGGACACUGCGCAUAAACAACGUGGAGGUGUACGACGGGACCGUGUAUAAGUGUGUGAGCAGCACCCCGGCGGGGAGCAUCGAGGGAUAUGCUCGUGUGCACGUCCUGGAGAAGCUGAAGUUCACGCCCCCUCCGCAGCCCUUGCAGUGCAUGGAAUUCGACAAGGAGGUCACCGUGUCCUGCUCAGCCACUGGCCGUGAGAAGCCCACCAUCCAGUGGGUCAAAACAGACGGGAGCAGCCUGCCGGCUCAUGUCAGCCUGAGCGCUGGUGCCCUGCACUUCCGCAAGGUGAGCCGGAGCGACGCUGGUAACUACACGUGCAUCGCCUCCAACAGCCCCCAGGGCGAGAUCCGGGCCACGGUGCAGCUCACGGUGGCAGUUUACAUCACCUUUAAGCUGGAGCCGGAGCCCACGACGGUGUACCAGGGGCACACAGCCGUGUUGCGGUGCCAGGCCGAGGGCGACCCAGUGCCACACAUCCAGUGGAAGGGGAAGGAGAGGAUUCUAGAUCCCAGCAAGCUUUUACCCAGGAUCCAGAUCAUGCCAAAAGGCUCCUUGGUGAUCUACGACGUCACUACGGACGACUCCGGGAGGUACACGUGUAUUGCUGGCAACAGCUGCAACAUCAAACACCGUGACGCCAUCCUCUAUGUUGUAGACAAGCCAGUUGCAGAAGGGGAUGAAGUUCCCAACACCCACACACCGUAUAAGAUGAUCCAGACCAUCGGGCUGUCGGUCGGGGCGGCCGUCGCCUACAUCAUCAUUGUGCUGGCCCUCAUGUUCUACUGCAAGAAGCGGAGGAAGGCCAAGCGGCUGAAGAAGCCCCCGGAGGGCGAGGAGCCCGAGAUGGAGUGUCUGAACGGUGGCAGUCUGCUGCAAAACGGACAAACCACGGCCGAGAUCCAGGAAGAAGUGGCCUUGACCAAUCUGGGGAGUAGCUCCGGUGCCAGCAAGAGGCACAGCACCACCGACAAAAUGCACUUCCCCCGCGCCAAUCUACAGAGCAUCACGACGCUGGGGAAGGGCGAGUUUGGGGAGGUCUUCCUGGCCAAAGCGAAAGGCCUGGAGGACAGCGAGAGUGAGGUGCUGGUGCUGGUGAAGAGCCUGCAGACGAGAGAUGAGCAGCUGCAGCUGGACUUCCGGCGCGAGGCGGAGAUGUUCGGCAAACUGAGCCACCCCAACGUGGGGCGGCUGCUGGGCCUGUGCCGUGAGACAGAGCCGCACUACAUGAUCCUGGAGUACGUGGAUCUGGGGGACCUGAAGCAAUUCCUGAGGAUCUCCAAGAGCAAAGAUGAGACGCUCAAGCCUCAGCCCCUCAGCAACAAACACAAGGUGUCUGUCUGCAGCCAGGUGGCCCUGGGGAUGGAGCAUCUCUCCAACAGCAGGUUUGUGCACAAGGACCUGGCCGCCCGGAACUGCCUGAUCAGCGCUCAGAGGCAGGUCAAGGUGUCGGCCCUGAGCCUCAGCAAGGACGUGUAUAACAGUGAGUACUACCAUUUCCGCCAAGCCUGGAUCCCACUGCGCUGGAUGCCCCCGGAAGCUGUCCUGGAGGACGAGUUCUCCACCAAGUCAGACGUGUGGUCCUUCGGCGUCCUCAUGUGGGAGGUCUUCACGCAUGGGGAGAUGCCCUACGCCAAGCUGGCGGACGACGAGGUGCUAGCAGGUUUACAGGCGGGGAAGAUGAAGCUGCCCCACCCUGAGGGCUGCCCUUCCAAGCUCUACAAGCUGAUGCAGCGCUGCUGGGCCGCCAGCCCCAAGGAACGCCCCUCCUUCAGCGAGCUCGCCACCGCGCUGGGCGACAGCCCGUCCGACAGCAGAGCCUGAGCGGGGAGCCGGCCCCGUGCAGGGGGACGGGGGGAGCCGGGCUCCAGCAUCGGACUGGGAAGAGUCGGAGCCCAGAGGGACCAUGGGUUAUCACGGCUGGACUGGUGCUGGGGGGGCCUCUCCCCGGCCUGCUGGCAUGGUGUCCUCCAGGCCCUACCUCUGCUCCCCACAGUGCUCCAGCCAGCCCUUGUGUGCAGCAGGGAACGCUGGGGGGCCCGGCCCACUUCCACAGACCUGACCAGGGCUCCUCUGCCGCCCCAAGCCCCUGCCACCCAGCACAGCCAGGCCCCAUCCCGGGGGGCUGAGCUCCAUGUCCCUCGGCGCUGGGAGCCUGGUAGGAACCCCCGUUUGGCUGAGACUCGCUGUGCAAUGCAGCCCUCCCCUCUCCCCCGCGCGCCGCUGCCAACCUUUCCUUUGGGGCAGCCUGGCACAGAGCUGUGGGCCGUCUCCUUGUGCCGUGUCCCUGCCCGCUGUCAGACGAGGGGAGCCAUGCAGAUCCUCUCCCGGAGCCGCUGAGGAACCUGGGUAUUUAUUCAGAGGUUCUGCUGCCCCGCCCCGCCCAUGGCCCUGCGCAGCAAGCCAAGCGGCAGGAGCACCAAGUGCCUGGCAUAUGAAGGAGAUUCUCACUUGCUUUCCAGACUAUCCGAUGCCUUCUUUUGUAUGAUUCCCAGGGUGGCGCCCCUCUGCUCCUGGUGUGUCGCGCUGACCCCUCCCAGCCCAGAGCCCAGGGGUCGGGUUGGUUGCGUGGGGGCCAAGGUUUUUUACACACUGCUCUCAAUAAAGAAUCUCUUUUUGUA